UUUUUGUCAAAGCAAAAAAAAAAUUGAGCAAUUAUUGAAUAAAAACAACAUUGAAAAAGUGAAGAAAGAAAACUAUGAGAAUUAUGCUACUGCGUGUCGGUUUAAGGCAUAACUGGCAGCAACAAUUUCGAGAUACGUGUUUGUUAUGGAAUCACGUAGGUAAAACAAGUUCCCAAUCUUCAAUAGGCCAACGGAUUAUUUGUCGCAGUGUACGCACCAGUGCACGUCAUAGAAAUGCUAUUCGAACGAAAUUUCAACCUAUGGAAGCUACUGGAGGUGAACCAGUGCCGUUGGGCAACGUAGCGAAGGCUUUUCUCUUCACGGGAGCGUUUAGUUUUGGCUCAUUUUUGGGAGCCAGUAUUUUGGAAUACGAAAAUACCCGAAACAUGAUGUUGGAGAAAGCUCGUCAGGCGAAAUUAUCCUGGUUUCCGCGUAAGACGAACGAUGGCACUUUACAAAAUCUAAAAAAAGACGUGAAACGUCAUUGGGAUCAGUUAACUCCUAGCGAAAAGAUAUUUGUUCCAAUUUGUGCCGUAAACGUCCUAGUUUUUCUUGCGUGGCGUGUACCCGCUUGGCGCGAGGUUAUGUUACAUUAUUUCUGUUCAAAUCCAGCCUCACGUGCGGUUUGUUGGCCUAUGUUUUUAUCCACAUUUAGUCAUUAUUCUGGUUUACAUUUGUUUGCAAAUAUGUAUGUAUUGCAUAGUUUUUGCAAUCCUGCCAUUAUAUCUUUGGGAAAGGAACAAUUUUUGGGAUUAUAUUUAAGUGCAGGAGUGGUAGCCAGUUUCGCCAGUAUUUUGUAUAAGUCUGUAACCGCUCAAGCCGGUCUUUCGCUAGGAGCGUCAGGUGCGAUAAUGGCGAUUUUAGCUUACGUAUGUGCACAAUAUCCUGAUACCCAAUUGAGCAUAUUAUUCCUACCUAUGUUGACUUUUUCGGCUGGUGCAGCAAUUAAAGUUAUAAUGGGCGUAGACUUCGCCGGAUGUAUUUUGGGAUGGAAGUUUUUCGAUCAUGCUGCUCAUUUAGGUGGUGCGCUGUUCGGUCUCUUUUGGGCUUUCUACGGUAUCGAUAUAUGGCAAAAACGUUUGCCUUUUGUAACCAAAUACCACGACUGGCGCAAAACUAAACAGUAGCGUUCAUUAAUAUACUUUCGAACUUGCAUCCUUGUAUUUGUUAAACAUAAGUAACGAAUGCAAACCCUUCAUGUUAAUAAUAGAUACAAUUGUACACCAGCUAAAAAAAUAAAUGCAUAUAUAUUUUUCAGGAUUUUU